GUUAAACAAUCAUUGUAUGGUUAAGUUCUGAUGGCCAUGUCAGGAAAAAAAGGAUGGUUCAGUACGUAACGGCGGCCUGCUCGGCAAGGACGGAAGUACACGACAGAAAAUCCUCUUGCUUCUCGACUGUCCGUUAGUCAAAAAAGCCCCCCAGUACGUCCAACUUUACGGUCCGUCUAUUUAAAAAAAAUCUCGACUUGAAACAUGUGAAUACAUCUCAUCCAGCCCUGAACACUAACACUUACCGGUUAGAGAUACAGAUAACGCUUAGUUUUCUUGUUAUGGUAUAAACGGUGGGAUUGGGCGUAACAAUAAAAUAAAAAUGGUUUAAUUUCAGUAACUUCACCUCAUAGAGGUUAUCACAGUGACAGAACAUUAGGCUAAUGUCUGUUUUAUCCUGAUUGCUAUUUACCACAUUUAUGGCACUGAGUGCAUGUAGGGUGAACACAACAUAACGCCCCCAAACAAUGCAGUCUGUAGCCUGCUGCAAUAAUUAACUGCUAAUGAAACAUUGUUCAUGUUUGUUAAGAAUUUGUCAGAGAGAGUUGUGUAUAUUCAACUGUAUUCUAAUUUCUCAAGCCAUAGUUUGUAGUCUCAUUUCACCCAAUUGACAAUGUCAGACAUGUCUAAAUAUAAUGCUUAAUAAUACUAGUUUGCUUUUGUUUUUCCUUUUUUCAUUCCGUUGAACACAAUCUUGAAUGUUGAAAUGAGAGUCUAGUAUGUCCUUGCAUCCCAUUUUUGGAAGAAUUUGCAUAAUGGAUGUAUAAACAGGGUAUGGUAAUGCCUCUCACUAUUUUUUAUAUCCACAUAUAUAAUAUUUUUUCUGAUUUAUUUGCAACAAAUUGCUUUUUCCCAUUAUAAUAUACUAUGUAGCAUUGUGCAAAUAUUUGUUGUCUAUUUUUUUUUCUUAUAUUCUGAAUUUUGUGGCUGAGGAUCCCCUCGAAAAUGAGAUGGUGCAUCUCAAGGAGUUCAUUCUCUAAUUAAAUUUUGAAAUAAAUAUUGUAAACCUUGUACAACAUACUGUACUCAUACAGGUACUUUUUAUAAUGCCAAUAGACCAAACCUGGAAUUUAAAUGUAAAUUUAAGGAACAGAGAGAGGGAGACAAAAAGAGAGAGAGAGCAUGCAGAGAGCUCAUCUUAAGGAGAGAAAGAGAGAGAGAGAGAGAGAGAGAGAGAGAGAGAGAGUGAUCAUGUGUGAGGUGGGAGUGACUGGGAGCUACAGGUUGAGUAUAAACUGACCAUGGAUGCAGGGAUAACAAACAGUAGUGUUCCAGCGCUGCGUCUGUCCAGUCUUCCCUGACAGUGAGAGAUGAUGAGAGUGAAAGGCACAGAAUAAAGAGGAACUGCAGGGACGCUCAGAGUUCACACACAAUAUCUAGCUGUCCAUUCUUCUCCAGGACUAGCUGUGAUGAUGGAGAAAGCUGCACUGCUGCUGUUUUGUUGCCUGGUCAUGUCUUUAUCAGGCUCCCCGCUAUACCCAUCCAUUAGGUUUGGCCAGAGGGACACAUCCAUCCUGAUGACAUCUUCUCUAAAGAAUCCAGCAGAGCAGCUGGAGGAAGACACGGGUCCUCGUAGGGAGCGAGCAGAGUUACGCUCAGCGCGCCACGCUGAUGCCAUCUUCACAAACAGUUACAGGAAAGUCCUGGGCCAAAUCUCUGCCAGGAAGUUCCUCCAGACAAUCAUGGGCAAACGUCUUGGAGAUGAAAGUGAGAGUUACGUGAAGCGUCAGUCAGAUAUCUAUGAAGGGACGUAUAAAGAAGAUGUGACAUCCAUCCAGAGCAAUCAGAGAUACAGAGGAGUGCACGGGAAUGUCAUGAGACCCAGACUGCUGAGUUGAGAAGAUCAGACAAACUGAAGGCAGCCAGUACUCCUCACCACUGCACUUUUCAAAACCAUCACUGCUUGUUUUCUUAUACCUCCUCCAACCUGUUCUUUACAGAUGCAAAUGAUAUUGUCAUUUUUUAAAAAUUCCCAUUAAAGCUUUGAAGAAACCCAACAACCCAGUUCAUGACUGUGGAAGAAAAUGGUACUGAGGAACUUAAGGAUGUGCAGUCUUUUGUUCACAGAAACACUAUGUAACUUUUAUUUAAGUAGCCACUGAAAUAGCAACAUGGAAUAAUGGUAUUAAUGAAAUCUUGAUAAAAAUAUGUCAUUUUUUAAGAGUGGAGACUCAGGCUGGUCUAUGCAGUGGUGGAAAGUAACAAAGUACAAUGUAUGAAAGAUUGAAAAUUCUGAGGUCAUAGUAUUUCCAUCUUAUUCUACUUUAUACUUUUCCACAUUCUAGAGGAAAAUAU